CUCCCAUAAUUUCGACUGCAAUAUAUAAAUAUAUAUUACCGUUCAAUCAGCGUUUGAACAGCAUUUACCGGUCUUCAAAAAAGAACAAAUAGCAAAAGUUAGGAAAAAUAUUAGAGGUAGAAAUAAAAAGGUGUUUAUUACUUAAUGGGGGAGUAAGGAAUGAAGCGGAUAAUUCAAAGGCGUUUGGAUUAGGUGUAUCUCCCUGUCCUGAUACAUUGCUAGGGGGUUGGAAAAUUCAGAUAAAAACAUACCAUUUUCAUCGGAAAUAAAUUUGAUGUUCUCCAAAGGUGAGAUAACGCUGAUGCAUCGCAACUUUGAUGUGCUCCUUUUCAUCUUUUAUUGUUUACUCUAAUUAUUAUUGCUUGUGUUCGUAGUCUCUUACCUGAAACUACCUCUGCGAUUUAAUCACCAUUUCACAAAAAAUUCACAGAAAAAUUAUAUUCCUUUUUUUAAAGUGCAAGUAAAGUACAACACCAUUUUAUAAGUUGACAGCAACGAAAUUUAUAGGCAUUCAUUUACCUUCAUGAUAUGGUCCUAUUUUUCAAGAACCUGUCACCAAUAGGAUGAAUCGGGAAGUACAUUUCAGAGCAAAACUGGAAUUACAGCAGCCAGUUAUAACCAGAACCAACCUUUAUUAUAACCAGUUAAUAUUCUGGUUCACUCGACGCUGAACCCUCAAAAUGUGCAAAAAUACAAAUGGAUUCAAAGUGGCUGUGACUGUGUUUCCAUUUUACUACGCGCUUCUUAGGUCAAUCUGUCUCGUUGUUUGUCCUAUUUAGCCCGAUUAUUCAUUACGAUCCCCAUGAUUGUUGAUUGCGAGUUCAAAUUGCCCAAAGUAUCCAAAGUGUCAGCAAGAUAGUUAGCCCAAAUGUAAACACACCUGUGUUAUAAUGCAGACAUUGGUCCAGAUAUAUCGCUACCUGCAGUUAUUACUGUUUUCAAAGUGACAGGACCAGAAGGUCGAAGUUUCAGUUUCAAAAGUUGCUCUUCCUAAUUAUCUGCACUUGUUUUGAAUAAAGAAACUUGUUAGAAAACUCUCCUUCAAUUUUCUUCACCCUCUGAACACUGAUCAAUAAAUGUAGUUCGAAUUUUACCGUCUGAUCAAAGCUGACAGAAAAAAUUAUUAAGUUUAAUUUUUGGCAUUUUUCAAUCAACCAAUUACGUAUUUCAUUGUUAUCCUAAUUGGGCGAAUUAUUCAUCAAAAACCCUAAAAGUUUCCCUAAUUUUAUCAAUUCUAGCAACGUUAAAGCAGAACAAAGUUUUCAUUUGAUAAAACAGAAAGACUUUUACUCGGAUGAAAGGAUACGCCUGGAACAGUUGACCAGUCAAAGUUGAUUUCACUCAAUUGACAGAUGACCAUUGAAAAGUGAUUCACUGUAGCGGAUCCAAUUUUUCUGUUAUGAUAACAUUUACACCAGACGAUGACAUUAAAUUCUUCUCUGAUCGUCUUAAUUACGAAUACGACAACAAAAAACAAGUGCGACGACAAUCAUCAUCAGCUGUGCAAAGUUGUCCGACAGGUGCAAGAUCAAUCUAUUCUCUUGUCCGACAGGCUUCGACUAUCUAAACUGCAUCAUAUCAUCAAACAAGCUCUGCUUACUACUUCUGAGGCAGAGGAGAAGAAAUCAUUAUCGAACUUUGACCCAGACCAAAUUGCAGCCUUUGACCUUGGCCUCUAUUUACUGGGAAUUAAUGGAAUCAGCAGUGACGAGAGGUCAAAAUAGACCUUCGAAAAAUCAGCAGAAUCAGAAUCAGGACAGCGAACAAUCAAGGUUUGGCGCCAAAAGAGGAAACAAAUAUAGUGCUUCGACUGUGAUUACUCUGGGACUUCUUCAAACCCUACUCUUCAUAUCAUCAAUCACAGGCACGAACUCGCAGCAGAUCUCGCCCUCGAAGGACAAGACAGCGGAACUGCAGGACGUGCUGGUGGCAGUGGGGGAGAAGUUGAACCUGACCUGCAGAUACAGUGGGUUCCAGAGGAGCAGUGUGAUGGAGAUCCAGUGGCAGAAGGACUCCUUCCCCCUCAUCUCCGCCUCGCCAGGCAUGAACAACACGCCAGACAUCAUAAACAAACACCAGUUCGACGUGGACAACAUGUUCAUUCAGUUCAACGGGGACUGUGACUCGAGGGUGCAGCCGUGUAUAGCGGAUCUACAUGUUCAGAAUGCGGAACCCUCGGACUCGGGACUGUACCAGUGUGUGGGCAGCAGUGAUAUAGGUGCCACUCGGUCCGCAUUCUACAAUGUCAGGGUCAUCAAUCACUACCGGCCAAAUGACGUGAGAAUGCGCGUGAUCGAAUCCAGUUCGGGACGGACGAGUAACUCCUCCUCCUCCUUCGCUUCUUCAUCUUCAGGGAGUGGGAGGGAGUUGAGUGUAUAUCAGGGCCAGUCAGUGACAUUCCAAUGCAGCAGCAACGGGUUCCCAAGUCCCUCUCUCAACUUCUACCUGGAGGGCACUCUGAUUCCCGUGUUCGCCAAGACCUUCAACAACAUCGAGGUGCUAGACGUGUCCAUCAGACAGAGCAGCAGUGGAGCCUCAGUGCAGCAGAACAUGACUGUCAAUCACAUCGGCAUCUGGAAGAGUGUGCUGGCGUGGCACUGCACCGCCAAGAACGUGGAGGGAGAGAGCAAGAGUCGAGUAGUGUACACCAGAUACCACUUUGCCCCGCAGAUAAUCUCGACUCGGACCGAAUGGCGUGUGUUGAAGCACUCGGACGUGACUGUGCCCUGCUACUACCGAGAGGGCUUCCCAACUGACACUGAGGUGCGGUGGGUGUUCGGCAGCAACCCCUCGGGGGGCACGAUAGUCAGUCGCAACCAGAACCUCACUUUCAAAGCCCAGGAGUUCGACAGUGGGAAGGAGGGGGAGUACACGUGCAUAGUGGAGAAUGCAGUCGGACAAGACUUCCUCACCAUCAAACUACUAGUCGACUACGCACCCAUAGUGACUCUUGACCAAAGUCAAGUGAACGUAGUGGAAGGGGAGAGAAUGAGUCUUGUCUGCAGAGUAUCCGCCCAACCGGAGGCCACAAUCCAGUGGACUCUGAAGGGAUCCAGUGCCAACAUGGAGUUCCAGUCCUUCAAGGACAAGCCGAGUCUGGUGAUCUCCAAUGUGGAGCAGUACCAUUCUGGGAAGAUAUCGUGCAUUGCCACCAACAAGUAUGGAAGCACGGAGGCCCACGCCCAAGUCACUGUGCAAUAUCCCCCUAGCAUCAACCUGAAGAUAGAACCCACUCGGUCCACCAACGACUACCGGGAGGGGGAGAGGAUCCAGUUCAAGUGCAUAGUAGACAGUGUGCCCCCACCCAAACUCAUAGAAGUGUCCCGAGUAGACCACUCCCCUUUCACACACAAUGUCAUUCUGCCCUAUACUAACACGAACAAGAGUUACUUCGCGAGCGGAGAGAUCAGUGGAGAGAGUAAGAAGAUAGUGGAGGUGUCUUCGCUGGAGAGGAGCCACAGUGGCCAGUACAAGUGCCUUGCCAAGAAUGGGCUGGGGGUGGUGAAUCACCACACGAUAUCACUCAGAGUUCAAUAUGGGCCAGAGAUAGCAGAGAUGAAACCUGUGUACAAGAACGAGGGCGCCAGUCUCAGUCUACACUGUCUGGUGCAGAGUGAACCCCCCGCCAGUAUAGUGUGGCUACAUCCAAGCAAGGGCCAGGUGUCGAACAAACGCCAGCUGGAAGUGACCAGACUGAGCAGGAGUGACAGUGGGACGUACACAUGUACUGCCAGUGUGAGCUACUACGACGGAAUCAGACAGUCCGACUCACAGACUGUCGAUGUCUACGUCAACUAUGACCCCGAGAUCAGCAUCUGUGGGGAUAGUGCGGUAGACGAUGGGGUCUAUGCCAGAAUCGGAUCCCCCGUGGACCUCUGCUGCUCCGUCAACUCAUUCCCACAGUCGACCAUCUCCUGGUUCAAACUGGACCAGAGCAGUCCCCGUCCUCUGGCUCUCACUCCCAAGGUCAUCAACCAGACCUCCUCUCGCUUCAGAAGCAGCAUCCAGUCCAUAGUGCAGCUGCCCAAGCUAACAGAGGCUGACAUGGGCACCUAUCUGUGUGAGGCCAAGAACAAGUUCACAUCCAAGACCAGAACGCUAUACGUCAAACAGCUAAGGAUCCCUCUGGCGCCGGUGUUGAACACUGCCUCGCCUGACCAGACUGGGGGGAUCCGACUUAUGUGGCAGACAGACAAGCUGGCCCAGUACUACCAGAUAGGCUACAGACUGGACGGUUCUCCUCAGGAAUACAAGGUGCUUCCUUCGCGGGAGGAUCGGGACACGAGUGUGAUUCCAGACCUGGAGAGGGGGAAGCCGUACCAGUUCGUGGUGCGCAGCUGCAACCAGGCCGGGUGCAGUCCCUUCUCCAACCCCCUGUCAUCAGAGCCCAUCACCAUUCCAAACACGCCCAUGAAGGGUGGUGCCGCGAGCAUUCCGGUGAGCACGGUGGUUGUGGUCCCGCUGGCACUCGUCGGCCUCAUCCUCCUCCUCUCUCUCCUAGUCCUCAUCUGUCGGAGGCGGAACAACAAUCGACGUGCUCAGAAAGAUGAUGAUAGGGGGUCGGUGGCCAUUGCCGCUUCAGACGCCUACACCCCCUCCGCUAAUGCCAAAUACUCCCCCUACCCCUACUCCUCUCACCCACACUACCAACCACAUGCACACACCAACGGGGGUUCUAUCCUUAGGAGCGGUAGUCCCCCUCACCAUCCCCUGACCAACGGGGGACCCCCGGGUACCCUGAUUAGUUCCUACUCGGGCCACCAGAUUGUGGCCAACCCAGGUGCUAUUGUGACCUCAACUGCUUACCCUUUGAAGACUGCGGGUGGUGGGGGAGGGGGAGGUAUUUUGGUUGAUAGGGGGCCACCGGGUGUACCCCAUACAAAUGGCCACGUGUUAAAAGGUCUUAGUCUACCGGACGAAAAAUACAGUGCAAAUCAGAGUUACAUAACUAUUACGCAACCCAACGGGUCCCUUAUUCGGUCUCCACUCAACUCGAUGUCGGGUGGGAACGAAGUGGGCAAAUUCAGCCCCACGCCCAGCCAGACUUCGCCUUCUUCUUUGCCCCCCUCGGAGGAACACAUGGACUCAAAUGGGGGUCCGAAGGCUAUUUAUUUACAGAACAUGUCAAUGGACAGAGUUGCCUUCAGCAAGCUAAAAGGCGACGGGUCCUUAUCAGACUCAUCAACAAAAGAGCAGCGGGACAGGGUGCGAUUCACAGACGCCAACGGGAUCACGCACUACCCUGGCGGAGAGGAAGAGCCGGAAACAUUGCCACCAGCGAACAACAAAUUCCACAGUCUCAAACACAACAGCAGCAUACACUCGAACAACCAUAUGAACAACUCCAACGCCAAAUACUCCACACUUCCGACAUCAGCUAAUACCGGUGGGGGUGGUGGUGGCAACCCCCCUCUCGGUCAAGGGGGAGGGGGACUCAUACAGAAUUACAGACCGAACCUACAGGGACAAACACCUACUUCGGCUACUGUCGUGCUGGCCAAUGGAAAUCUGCCCCAGCAGCCAGCCCAAAUUGCCAUCACUCCCGACAUAUACUUCCAGCAACCCCCGGGCGCAUCAAUAGUCAUGAACAACAAGCCACCUACUAACCAACUGCCGCCGGCGGCAUCUACCGGCGGUGCGCCAGCGCCUCCGCUACGCAAAACCCAACGACUAAGUCCGAUCGAAACGAAUGGCGUUCCUCUAGGAACAGUUAUCAAACCUAACCAGUCGUCGACAACAAAUUUGAUUCCACCGAAUACAAAGUUUGUCGUGUACCCGCCGUCGGCUUCGUCAGACAAGCAGAGUUCGUCACUGACGAGUUCGAAUUCACCGAACAUGGCCGAGUGUGUUUCGCCGUUCACCGAAUCGAUGUCGGGAUCUCUCUCGUCGGAUAACACGACUUCCAAUCGCUCUCAGACUGGCUUUUCGGUGACGUCAGUAUGACGUAAUAGUUUCAUUCCUCCAAUUGCAAUCCGAAUAAUCAGUAAUGUCAAAUUUCGUUGAUUCAACUUUCAGUUCGAACGAUGAUUCUUUGUAUAAAGAUACAAUUUCCAAUUUGGUUCACUGCUGUGCAGUUUCUUGCAAUUAUUUUUGUUUAAUUUAAAUUGACUAAAUUUCAAUUAAUUUUACUCUUCUUCAAGUAGAUUUCGUAAUUUUUCACUAGCUAAAAUGUAUAUUUCCAAAGAAAAUG